AUGGAGGAAAUAAUUAGUCAGAUACAGACAGCCAUUUUCCACUUAGCUACACAAACUGGUAAUAAUUUUAGAAGAAAACACUUCAACAUCCUACACAAGCCUUCUAAGAAAAACAUCAGCAGAAAGGAACGCAAAGCACUUCUCAGUCUGAGGAAACACGACAAAAUAAGCAUACUUUCAGCAGAUAAGGGAAAUGGCACGGUAAUAAUGGACAAGGAAGAGUACGCUAACAAAAUCAAUGCCAUGCUGAACAACUCAUAUACAUAUAAAAAAAUCAAAAAAGAUCCAACAACGGGCAUGGGGAAAAAAACCAUCAAGCUAAUCAAAGAAGCUAACUUUCCUCCAUAA